AUGUCAGCCAAACACUUCAUCAACGACCCCACCAAGCUGGUCAACUCGGCCCUGCACAGCCUGACCCUGACGAAUCCGAGCCUCGCCCUCGACAUGCCCAACAAGAUCAUCUACCGCCGGCCGUCGCCCGAUGUCGCGCCCCAGGUCUCCGUGGUCUCGGGCGGCGGCUCGGGCCACGAGCCUUCCUUCUCGGCCAUGGUCGGCCGGGGCCUGCUCUCGGCCGCCGUCGCCGGCACCAUCUUCGCCAGCCCCAGCGCCGAGCAGGUGCGCACCGCCAUCGCCUCGCGCGUGGACACCACCCGUGGCGUCCUCGUCACCGUCAUGAACUACACGGGCGACGUGCUCAACUUCGGCAUGGCCGUCGAGAAGGCCCGCGCCGCCGGCCUCGACGUCGAGAUGGUCGUCGUCAAAAGCGUGCCCGACUGGAAGCCGUAUCCACCCCCUGUGACAGUAUGGCGGAUAGGACUCGAUUCAGAAAACAGAAGUGUCCUCCCUCUUGCUCACGGCGGCUUAUUGGGCAUCCAGACCUUGUCGAUACCUGAGGUCAGUGGGUUGCUUUUUCGAAGUAUAUCACAUUACGGUCCGUUGUGCGUUGUCCAACUCCCCAAGGGACUGAUCGGUUAG